AAUGAGUUGAAGGAGCGGGAGGGGGGAAAAAAUUGCAGGGCUAACAGCCCCCGUCCAGAAUUCCUUGACUUUUAGGAGCCUAAUACCCUCUAUCUCAACCAUUUAUCUUAUUAAAAUCUUAGUUACCAAUAAAUUAACAGCAUCGAUCACUUUUAAGGCUUACGUCGAUCGGUGAAGGCAUUCAUAUUAUCACCCUCCUCUUCUGGUUUAGAAGCACGCAAACACUCUUUAUAUUUAUAUUCUUUAUCUGCCCCGAAAUUCCCGGGACCAAAACAGAAAGAGCCAUGCUUGAUCCGGCAACACAUCAACCCGCAAAUUCUGUUCAUUUACCGAAUAGAAUUGGAAGUAGUAUCCAUGGCUAUAGCAGAUGGGAAGACAGAAGGACCUCCGGUUUCUGGGCUCCAAAACAGGUGGAUGACGACGACGCUACUGGUGUUUGUUCGCCGCCUUUAUGGAAGACAAGCCCGACCAGAAGUCCACAACAUGACAAAAAUCACCAUCAAAGUCUGUCCCCUUCGUCAAGAACGCGAGCCAUCGCCAGAGGCCAGAGGGAGCUCAUGGAAAUGGUUCGGAAUAUGCCCGAGUCAACCUACGAGCUCACACUGAAAGAUCUGGUGGAGAAGCCCACGGUUGAAGAAGAUGAAGAAAACGAGAAAGAAGAGGGGAAUUUAUUGAAAAAGAAUGCAUAUAAGAGGGAAGGUAGCGGUAGUAGCAGUAGUAGAAGGGUCGAUCAGAGGCCGCAGGAGAUGAGAAGUGGAAAUGUUCAGAGUGGAGGGUUAUAUUUGAAGAUGAUGAUGUUCCCCCCAUCUCUGGGAUCGAGGAAGAAGAAGAAGAAGACGAAGAAGAGCGAGUCAUCGGGAAAUGAUGGUUCAAAGGCGUCCCUGAGACCAUCAAUGUCCGAAGAAUCUUUGAAAGGUGUUGUUGACAAGGAGUGGUGGAAGAAGAGCCCUUCAGGGUCGUCUGGGAAUAGUGAGAGCGUUGCGACCAGCAUCAAUAGCGGAAGCGCUAAAAGCUCUGGUAGCAGCAGCGGCAGCUGCAGCAGAAGCAGCAGCAGGAAAGAGAGGGGCGGGGGCAGUUGCUGGUUUCUGAUUGGUAAACCCAAAAGGCUCUCGCGGGAAUAAGGGAAGUACCCCAGCCGUGGUGUCGUUCAGAUCAAACAGGGCCUGCAAAUUGUGAUUCAAUUUUUCCAAUUCACCUCAACAAGGAGUGUCUUCAUUCCUUUCUUUUGACAUGUAUAAAUGCUAUCCCCUCAAUAUGAUGCUCCUAAUUCCAAACUGCGGCUUUUUAGUGCGUCAAUUGGAUUCUAAUUUUGGAAA